GGAGAGCUAAGCAAAUGUUUACAAAGUAGAAAGUGAUAGAAUCAAUCUAGAUCUAGACUAGACAUACAUACAUCUAGAUUCUACAUAGGCCCAGAGUAUAACUAGACUCUGGAUCUAGAUCUAUAGACCUACUAGUCUAGAGAGGCUCUUUUCUGCAUCUAAAAUCAUGGAUAUUCGAAUCUCAGUAACUGAGAAUGUAUUGACCAAUAUAUUAGUUGUUCUUGAAAGGAUUUUUAAGUGUAUGAAUAUUCGACAAUUAAACAAAUGCUCAUUGGUCUGUAAGUCGUGGCGUGAUCAAGUGCGAAGAGAAAAAUGCCGCAGAGAAAAAUAUUUCCCCAAGUUGAGAUGGAAUUCUUUUAAACACGAAGGAGAUGUGAACAGCAUCGAAGAAAGUUGGUGGAACAGCAUUAGAGAUUUUAUAAUGGAUAGUCCUGUGGAGCCAGCUUGCCUAUUGAUGUUCUGCACAGAGACAUUAUGGUGUUGUAUGAACAGACUUCAGUCCCCUGGACAGAGUCUUCAGAGUCUUCUCAACAUUGAUCUGCCCUCAUCAUGCAUCUUUCAGCUGGUUGUCACUGAUGGAGUUGUAGGAACAGAUCAAGACAUGAAAACUGAGGAGAUGGAAGAAUACAUAUCAGCCAUGUCUUUGUUAAUGAUUAGGAAAUCAGCUGGUGCCAAGUUUCUUCAAUUCUCUUCUUCACUUACUGAUUGUAAACAGUUAGUCAAACAUGCUCAAGGGAAACUACCAAGCUUGCCAAUCUGUUUCCAAGGGUUAAAUCAGAAAGAAGUGCUCCCAUUGGUCAAAAUGAUCAAUCUCUAUUGCCCAAUGAGUGGCAUUAAUCAAGAGACUAGUAAUUCGUUUUACAAGCUGUUUAACAAGCCAUUGAUAGCUGGUGGAUUUGUGAAUGAAAAGAUUCUUUCAGAUCUCUCUGGUGUGCUACAAAGAUCAGAAGAAGGAUGCGCUGUACUGGGUUUUGUAAUCUGUGGUGAAAGAGUUAAAGUUGCCUCUGUCCUUAUACCGAGUGAUGUCCAAGAUGAGAAGCAAGUGGAUGCCCUAAUCAAACAACUUUCCGACUCAAAGUUCCCGCUGGAGAACAGCUUUGGCUUAAUGUAUGCCUGCGUUGGCCGAGGUGUCCAUGUCUAUACUGAGCACAACGUGGAGUCUAAAGUAUUCAGGAAGUAUUUUCCUAAGACCCCACUCUUGGGUAUUUUUGGUAAUGGUGAAAUCGGAAUGAGUUAUCCACCUAAAGACUUUGAUGAUACGCCUCCCAAACUUUUGCACGCGUAUACUACAAUAAUGUGCCUGGUGUGUUUAACAUAAUUAGUUGUUUCGCGUUCUGAAAAUUGUUUUCUUAAAAUUGUUCACUGAUUCCUAAUUAUUAGGAAACUUUAAAUGGAUUAAUUUAAUAUUUCAAUGUGAGAAUUCUGAACAAAUGUGAACGUUCCUGAAGAAAUAAAAGUAA